AAAUAAAGAGAGGGGAAAAGAAAACGAAAACAAAAAAAAAACCAGUAGGGUUUAAUUUUUGUUUGUUUCUCGGGAAAAUGGUGAGGGAAUCGCCGAGAAAAUGUUCGCAUUGUGGAUUGAACGGCCACAAUUCGCGGACGUGUAGCAAUUUUGCGAAGGGUAACAAUUAUUGCGUGAAGUUGUUCGGAGUGAAUUUGAUGGAAAAUAAUGACGAAUCCAUUCGGAAGAGUCUGAGCAUGGGGAAUUUGAUCCACGCAUGCAAUAACGGCGUCGAUCAUAAUAACGCCGCUGCCGCCGGCGCCGGGGCCAAUAAUGCCGGCGCCGGAGACGACGGUGGGUAUCUUUCCGAUGGGCUCAUUCAUAACAAGAAGCGCAAAGCCGCUCACGAGAGGAAGAAAGGAAAGCCAUGGAGUGAGGAGGAGCAUAGAACAUUUUUGGCUGGUUUGAAGAAGCUGGGGAAAGGGGAUUGGAGAGGGAUUUCAAAGAACUUUGUGACAACAAGAACACCAACCCAAGUAGCCAGCCAUGCCCAAAAGUACUUUUUGAGGAAGAUGAAUGCAAAUGACAAGAAGAAACGCAGAGCCAGUCUUUUUGACAUGCCCGAAAUCACCAAAAACAAUAUUGUUGUUCCUCAAGAUUGCAAUAAGGCUUCAUCGUCAAUGAGUAGCGGUGAAUCCUCUCAAAUUCUACUGCCAAAGAUCAGCUCUGAAAAUCAACAACAGGUGAAUAAUUUACCAACACAACUCAUCAAUCGAUUCCCUCAUCUUUGUUUGGAUUCUCCUCAUUUUGUUCCUCCAGCAGCAGCCUCUGGUGUUGCAAAUUUGCAUGGGAUUCCAUACGUGGUUGGAGUUUCCCCAAAUGUGCCAAUAAUCCCAUUGGUGAACAUAGGAGGUAGUGUGAUGACAGUGGGGAAAAGCAGCAGUCCAAAUGCAACACUAAUUUCCCAUCCAUCAGGGAUUCCUCCAUCUCCAAGAUCCUCCCCUCACAGAACAACAACAGCAACAAAGUUGGAGUUGCAGUUGCAGUUGCAGCCCUCUGGUUUCGAGGCUUCAGAUGCCUUGGAGCUCAAGAUUGGACUCCCCCAAUCUCCACAGCCCAAAAACCUCUCCUCCCACACUUCUGGAGGAGCCAUUAGAGUCAUUUGAUGAUCAUAUCAUCAUCAAACACACACACUAUACAUACAUACAUUCAAUUCAACACUAAAACAAAAACAAAAACAAAAUCAAAAUCAAAUUCAAAUGUGUUUAAUUUAAUUUGUUGAUUCUGCUCAUGUUAGAUCAAGAAAAAUGUUGUUUUGUUUUGUUUCAAACAGAAAUUAAAGUUUGUCUU